AUGAGCAGCAAAGUUGGUCUCAACAUUCUGAACUAUAGCUCGGAUGCUGGAAAUUCCAUAGAGAAAUUCAAGUUGAGGCCAAGUUUGAAACUUUCAUACUAUUAUACUUCACAGGAUGACUCAUUUGAUCUCCCAACAUUUGAUGCAUAUGAUUCUUCAUUGUUGGCACCUUCACCCUUAGCUCAACCUCCUAUCAAUUUGAUCCCCAACCCACCAACUAGUUUCCCUAGCCCAAGCCCAAGCCCAAGCCCAAGCCCAUUUGGAGCUCCUCCGCUCUCGGAGCUACCUAGUAGUGGGCCUAGCCCACCCCCUAGUGAUCCAUUUGGGCCUCAUCCUGGGCCAACUCAGCCCAAAGGAGCUCCGAUACAUCGUCCAGGCCGGGAGUAUGCAGUGUGGUGUGUUGCUAGGCCCACAGUGCCUGAGACCAUGCUCCAAAGAGCUAUGGACUACGCUUGUGGAAAUGGGGCGGAUUGUGGGUCGGUCAAUCCAAAGGGCCCAUGCUUUGUGCCCAACACUUUGGUGGCCCAUGCUUCCUAUGCUUUCAAUAGUUAUUGGCAAAGGACAAAAGUUGCUGGUGGCACUUGUGACUUUGGGGGCACUGCUAUGCUAAUCACGGAUGAUCCUAGUAAGUAA